CAGCUUUGGGGCCUUUGUCGUACGUUGUGGAGAAGCAAAGCAGUGCACAAAUCCAGCUGUUAAAAAAAUCCGCUGCUGGUUACUGCCAUGUGGGAAACUUUGAAAAACAUCGUGUUUAGAGAUGGUUCUCCUAUGUUCUGCUUUUGGUUUAAUGUAAUCUCUAAAAUAAAAAAAACCUAAAGAUCUGUUUGACAGCAGAGCAUGUAUUAUAUAUUUAUUUGUGUAGACAAUAAUGAUUUUUAGGCACCCAGUUUGCAAAAUGGUCUUAAAGUCAGGUCUCUAAAUUACAUUUAGGCACCUAAAUGAAAGUCAUCUGAUAAGAGGUGAUGAAUGUUUCUGAAGAGUUGGGACUGACAGAAUCUGUGCCAUACCUAGAUAGCCAUCUGUCUCCGCUGGAAUUUUAUCGGGAAUGGGUCUGUCCAAACAAACCAUGUAUAAUUCAGAAUGCCUUCGGUCACUGGCCAGCUCUGAAGAAGUGGACGUUAACCUAUCUCAGGAAGGUAGCAGGCUCCAAGAUGGUGAGUGUGGCAGUGACGCCAAAUGGUUAUGCCGAUGCUGUUUAUCAGGACCGGUUUGUCAUGCCGGAGGAGCGGCACAUGCUUUUCAGCAACUUCUUGGACAUUGUGGAGAAGAAAGUGAUCUCUCCAAGUGUGUUCUAUGUGCAGAAGCAGUGUUCAAACCUGACUGAGGAGUUCCCUGAACUUUUAGGUGAUGUGGAGCCUGAGGUACCGUGGAUGAGUGAGGCACUCGGAAAGAAGCCUGAUGCUGUGAAUUUCUGGCUUGGCGAGUCUGCUGCUGUGACAUCCUUACAUAAAGAUCACUAUGAGAACUUGUACUGUGUGAUUUCCGGCGAGAAACAUUUUCUACUGCAUCCACCAAGUGAUCGCCCCUUCAUCCCCUAUGAGCUCUACCUACCUGCGACGUAUUGCAUAUCAGAAGAUGGUUCGUUUCAGGUUGUGGAUGAGAAGGCUGCAGACAAGGUGCCAUGGAUUCCACUGGAUCCUUUAAAUCCAGAUCUUGAACAAUAUCCAGAGUAUGCCCAUGCAAGGCCUUUGCGGUGCACAGUGAAAGCUGGUGAGAUGUUGUACCUCCCUUCUCUCUGGUUUCAUCAUGUUAAGCAGUCACAUGGUUGUAUAGCAGUGAAUUAUUGGUAUGACAUGGAAUAUGACCUGAAGUACAGCUACUAUCAACUUCUAGAUUCUCUCUCAAAAGCUGUGACACUGGUGUAGCUGAGACUGGGGACUCAGUCAUAAACCUUUCUAAUGUGACUGAAUUAUAUGCAUUUGCCUGGAGUACAAAUAUGCUUGAGUCAGAAGAACUAAACAUUAAAUUAUCCUCAACAAAUGUCUGUCAGAGGAUAUUUGUCUUGCUUGCCUUUGGAGAUGGUAUCAUGCAGAUGUUCAGUGAAAUUCCAGCCCAAAUGGCUAUCUUUUUUGGCUUGACAGGAGAGGGCUUGUUGACAUUUCAAAGCCUUCAUGCUUAGUCUCAGAUGCCUCAAGGAAGGCAGAAUUUUAGUGGAGCCACUGCAGGUUUUGGAAACCUCAAAAAUGUAAACCAUGUGUGUUCCUUUCCCUUUGCUAGACUCUUUAGAGCUGUGGUUUUAAAUUAGUACUGGGUCACAAGUACUGGGUCACGGAAUGUAAGGCACUGGGUCAGCACCGCUGACUGGGCUGUCAAAAGUCCAGUUGGCGGUGCUGCCAGGCUAAGGCAGGCUAGUCCCUACCUGUUCUGACACAGCGCUGUGUCACGGAAGUGGCCAACAGCAGGUUCGCCUACUAGGUGGGGCAGGACCUCAAUAUGCUGCCUGAGCACCGGAUCCGCACUUCCAUUGGCUGGUUACCAGCCAAUGGGAGCUGGGGGGGGGCGGGCGGCGCCUGCGGGCGAGAGCUGCAUAGAGCCAAUUGUGCGCCUCCGCGUAGGAGCCAGAUCUGCUGCUGGCUGCUUCCAGGGUGCAGUGUGGUCUGCGGUGCCAGGACAUGUGGGAAGCCUGCCUCUACACCCUGGCUGCCCCACUGACUGGGAGCCGCCAGAGGUAAGCCCGUGCCCCAGUCCCCUUCCCCACCCCUGAGCCCCCCUCAAAUCUGGAGCCCCCUCCUGCACCCCAAACCCCUCAUGCCUGGCUCCACCCCAGAGCCUGCACUCCCAGCCCAGAGCUCCCACACCCUGAACUCCUCAUUCUUGGCCCCACCCCUCAUUCCCAGCUCUGUUGGGUCGCAGGCAUCAACAAUUUUCUUCACUGGGUCACCAGAAAAAAAUUUGAAAACCACUGGUUUUAGAGAACAUGCAAAGCUAUAGCCCACAGUUCUGUUUGGUGACUGGCAAAAUAAUGAGGCAAAACCAGCUCUGCAGUAACAGUGUAAUCAUCAGCCCAAGACUCCCAUUCAUUGAGAUCACUCCAUUUCAUUAUGAGACAAUACUUUGAGUUUUAAUUCACUAUGUUCAAUGGCUGUGUGUAAUGCUUUGAGAAUUCAGAAUACAAAUUGUGCAAUAAAA